CUUUGUUGUGGAAACGAUGUCCUCUCAAUUCUGUUCCACUCUAAAUUCUGAAAAUAACAGACUUCCAGCCACCAGGUGUCGCUGUGAACAGACGCUCCCUCGUUCCUUUCCUCUGUUUACAGUAUGGAGGACGAAAUGGACAUCGACAUCGAGGGAGGCGAUUUUGAAGUGAAUAUCAGGCAAACGGACGCUGGAGGUUUAGCCGAGGAGCAGCUGCUCCAGCCCGCUGGGACAGACGGCUCCUGGAACGUGCCGUGGCAGGUGGACACUUCCAUCAGCCCAGAGAACCGGGAUCUGAUCCAGAAGAUGCUGCUGGAGGAACAAUAUUAUCUAACAGGAAGGGGGACCCCUAAUGAUGAUUUAUACAGUAAUGCUAACAAGAAAGCAAAAGUUAAGAAGUCACCUUCCAAGAGCUCAGCAUCAACAUUGUCGUCCUGCUGGUCCAAAGAGGAGAAGCAGCUCUUUGAGGAAGGAUUGACCCAGUUUGGUCAGAAGUGGACCAGAAUUGCUAAGCAGGUGGGCACUCGUACUGUUAUUCAGGUGAAAAGUUAUGCCAAACACUACUUUAAACAAAAGAGAAAGUCAGAACCCGGAGCUGCAGCUCCUUCUACAGGCCCUGUCUUACAUCCUCAGUCCAUACCAAGUGAAGCAUCAACUCUGGCCAAUGCUGUCCGCAUAGAAAAACUUUCUGACGAUGAAGAUGUAGACAUCACUGAUGAUCUGAGUGAAGAUGAAGCAACAGAUGUUAAAACACAAGCUGAGCCCAAAACUGAAUUGUUAGGGUCAGAGGAGCAAGUGAAGGGGGAGAUUCAAACUGAAAAGAGCUCCCAGGAGCCAGAAAAGACAGCUCAGAAUGAGACGGAGAGCAUCUGGAAUGCAGUCCAAUCCCAUAGGAAGUCUUUUUGUCCACAAAGUCGUGAUGCUUCCUCUUCAGGUGUUUGUGCUGAGGAAAAUAGAGAAACAAGACUACAUCACAACAUCAGUAAGACUGGGCAAAUCUUUCCAGGAAGCUUUCAGACGCAAACAGGCUUCAAACAGGUGACAGGAGAUCUCCAGGAUCAGAGUUGUCAGUGUGACCUCAUCGCUCAGACUGGUGAUGUGGAAAACCACAGCUUUGAGAGGAUGGACUCAGCUGAGAAGGUCCAUAAAAAUGAAGAAGAGCAACAGAAUGGAGAUGAAGCAGAGGAGGAACUCAAAGCUCCAGAGCAAGAAGCAGAACUGGACACAGGAACCAUAACAGAGGAUGAAAAACAAGCCAUUCCAGAGUUCUUUGAGGGACGGCCAUCAAAAACUCCUGAAAGAUAUUUGAAAAUUAGGAACUACAUUUUGGACCAAUGGAUGAAGAGCAAACCCAAAUACCUGAACAAGACUUCGGUGCGCCCAGGUCUGAAGAACUGUGGAGAUGUUAACUGCAUUGGCAGGAUUCACACUUACCUGGAGCUUAUUGGAGCCAUCAACUUCAAUUGUGAGCAAGCAGUUUAUAAUCGACCAAAGUUGGUGGACCGCUCAAGGGUUAAAGCGAGCAGAGACGUGUUGGAAGCAUAUCAGCUCGCUCAGAGAUUACAAAGCAUGCGGACCAGGAAGAGGCGUGUGCGGGAUGUGUGGGGGAACUGGUGUGACGCUAAAGAUUCUGAGGGGCAAACGUACGAGCAUCUCAGUGCUGAAGAACUGGUGCUGCAGAGGGAGGGGAGGAAGAAGCAUCCCAAACCCAGCAAAAUGGCCAGAUAUCCAGAGAGGUCCUCUGACCCGUUCCGGCUGAUUCCAUGCAGAUCUUUUGACGAGGACAUACCGGAGCCCUUCCAGGUGGAGGUGUGUGCAGAGACGCUCCUCAUCAUGGACAUGCAUGCCCAUGUCUCUAGAGGGGAAGUCAUUGGUCUGCUGGGUGGGCAUUUCAACGGGGAUGCUAAAAUAUUAAAGGUUUGUGCAGCAGAGCCAUGCAACAGCAUGAGCACAGGGAUGCAGUGUGAGAUGGACCCUGUGUCUCAGACUCAGGCUUGUGAUGUGCUGUUGUCCCUUGGCCUCAGUGUGGUAGGCUGGUACCACUCUCACCCCUCCUUCCACCCAAACCCGUCAGUACGGGACAUCAGCACACAGGACCAGUUUCAGAGCUAUUUCUCACGUGGAGGAGCUCCUUUUAUCGGGAUGAUAGUGAGCCCAUAUGACCCAGCCAACCGCUCCCCUCACUCCCAAAUCACCUGUUUGUUAGUCAAAGAAAACCCCAAUUCUUCCAGUCCCCAGAAGCUGCCUUACAGAUUCAACUUUCUGUCAUCAAACCACAUUCCAGACUGGGAACAGACCACGAGGAGGGCUGAGUGGAUCAUUCAAAAAUAUGAUCAACCUCCUGGGAGUGCUCAGAUGGACAGAUUAUUCCGAAGAGAGUCCCAGCUCUCCUGUUUGGAGAAGAUGCUGGCAUCCCUGGCGAAGCAUUUGGAGCCUCUGCCAGACAGUGAGGGAGACCACUUUCUGAAGCACAUUCAGACACUUUUCCAGUCUGGUUUUAUUUCCAAGCAGCUGUCUUCAAACCAGGAGGAAGAAGGACCUCUACGUAUCUCAAAGCCGCCAGACUCUGCUGAAAUAUAUUAUGGUCAGCUGACUAGUAAGGAAAAGCUUGUGGGGUCAGAGGGUGUCCCAGAGGAAACCACGCUGCUGAACCUCGGCUCUGUGUUGACAACUGAACAUGACUAUUUACUUUGAGCAACUGUGCAGCUGCAUUGUUUAACUUAUCAAAGUACUUCUAUGCUAUGGUAUUAGUAAUAUUACUGACUAAUGUCGUUUUUUUAAGGUCAGUCUUCCCCGCAAUUAAAAAACAGGGUUUCUGUUUGUCUGUAUUGUUUGUGUAGUCCUAAGAUCUCUGUGUUUAAAAUACAACGUUUAAGAAUUAUUUUUUUAUUCAAUUGACCUCUGUUAAGAUUAAAAAGAAAUCUAUUUUUCAUGUUUAA